ACAACAAACAGUAAUCGGAGAAAAGUCGAACCGCGAGCAGCUGUUUGCGUCGUUUUUGUUGCAGUUAUUUUACCGGUCAAGUGUUUUCCUGUAAAUUUCAACCAAAAAAUAGUUUUUGUGAUGUGAAUCCGCCAGUGCAUCUAAUGCCCAAUCACUAUCCGUUCGCUCGUCAACCUCCCCGCCCGAGAAUGAGUGGAUUGUUCAAAGUCCCGAGAGCGCCCCCGGGAGGAGGCCCUCCUACGCUUUCGGCUGGUGGCAGUAGAAUUGGUUCCUCUAGCAGCACUUCCUCGACAAGACCGCGGUUGAAUUCCUCCCAGAGCGUUUUCUCCAAAAGGCGGCAGGUCUUCGGUGGAGUAACACAAUCAAUUUCAGCUUUUCGGGAACCGACACGCAACGGAAUCGUCGGAGAGUCGACACGCCAAUUGAUGGACAUGGACGAAACACUGCUGAAUGCGGUCAAUUUGGACGUGAUUGAAAAGCAGGCGGAUACUCCGCCGGUUCCAGGGGAGGAAGAGCGGCCAGAAGGUGCAAACGGUGCAGCAAAAGAUAAACACCGAUUUUCGUCUCCCGGUAUGACUCCCAGAAGGAAAAAGAUCCGCCGAAACCCAGGACUGAUAGUGUUGGAUAUGACCAAGCCAGAAGUUGACUCAGUAAUUGCCCCAGCACCAAAAUCGAAGCCCCCCUCGGACGAUACGAUGCGAGCCGAAACUUCCCACCGAAUGAACCAAACCCGGACAAUUCCGGUGAUCCCUUCCCAGACGGCGGUCGCAGUGGCAGAUAGACGUCCAACAAUCCCCCCGCCAACAACCAUGAUCCCCAGAGAUCCCACCGUGGAUCUGUUCGAGUGGGACUCCCAGGCUUUCGGCACACAAGUCGAACGGAUUGUGAGCCGAAACGUUGCCUCGAGGAGUUCCCCUCCACGCGAUCUUGUAGACGACUACGAUGAUUUCCCUUGCUAUCAGCAAACCAACGCUAACCAGCCGGAGGUUUCCGAGCUGAACGACAACGACGACAAUCUGAAUUGCUCGCAAUUGUUCAUGGAGGAAAUCGCGCGGGAACCUCACCGCCCUUUGACCCAGAUGAGAUACUCCCAGCAAAGGGAUCCUCACUCGGAACGACCGAACGCGAACGCCACCACAUAUUCGCAGUACAUCCGUAAUGAGUACACCAUGCUGGAGGAGAACCGUGCCAACGUGAUCGAGGACGAGGUGGACAUCGCCCUGGCCCAACAGUUCGAUUCCAGUCAGUACCGGACGGAGCAGGAAAGCAAAUUGAGGAUAUGUGAACGCGAAAUGCUCGACAUGAGCAACAUCAACUGGGACGAGAGCGUUGCCAUUGCGGGGGAGAGGCCAUCGACUUCCACGUCUACGGCCAAGGCUCGUCUGGAUGGGAUCUUUGGGAAGACGGACAGGGCGAACGGAAGGGUCGUGGAAUCGCCGAAGCUGGUGGCCAAAAAGUCGGGGCCGCUGGUGUCGUCGCACUUCCAGGAUUUGGGCCCAUUCUAUGGAUUGCCGAACAAGAUCCGCGAUUUGCUUCGGGAGUUUCGCGGGAUUACGGAGAUGUAUGAUUGGCAGAAAGAGUGCCUCUCGCUGCCGGCCAUCGUCGAGCGAAAGAAUCUGAUCUACGCCCUUCCGACGAGCGGUGGUAAAACCCUGGUCGCCGAAAUUAUCAUGUUCCGGGAGGUACUGCUCCGGAAUCGCAGCGUAAUGUUCAUCGUCCCGUACGUGUCGUUGGCCCAGGAAAAGCUAGCCGCCCUGUCGCCCUUUGCCGUGGCCACGCAGUUCCUCGUGGAGGAAUACAGCGGUGGCAAGGGAAUGAUUCCACCCCGGAAACGCCGAAGGAAGCAGUCCAUCUUCGUGUGCACUAUCGAGAAGGCACUGGUCUUGCUGGAUAGUCUGAUCGAGGCCGAUCGGGCGAACGAAAUAGGAUUGAUUUGCAUAGAUGAGUUGCACAUGAUCGGUGAACCCAAUCGUGGGGUCAACCUGGAAGUGCUGAUCACCAAAGUGCAAGCCAUCCAGGCCGGGAUUCAGAUCAUCGGGAUGAGUGCCACGAUCGGAAAUCUGGCGGAGAUAGCCAAGUUCAUGUCGGCGGACAUUUUCAGCCAGGACUUCCGGCCGGUGGAGUUGAAAGAGUUUGUGAAAUGUGGUAGCGAUAUGUUGGAGAUCAAGCACGGCGCUCGGACUUUGGAGGAAGCAUUCGUUAACAAGCGAACGGUUAAUUACAAAUAUUCCGACACGGAUACCCGAAUCGAUCCGGACCAUAUAAUUGGCCUAGUAAUGGAAACUAUCCCGAAUGAUCCCUGCCUGAUCUUUUGUCCUACGAAACGUCGAUGUGAACAGCUAUGUUCGUUUCUGAUUGAGCACUUGCCGGAUCGAGUGGCGGACUAUCGUGCCCCAGAGCGGAAAACAUUGAUCGACCUUCUCGAAAAUGACGGAUCGACGGCUACUUUGUUGCCAGCGGCCUUCCGAUUAGGCAUUGCCUACCACCAUUCCGGACUGACCUUCGACGAACGAAAACUCAUUGAGGAUGCUUUCCGGGCGAAAGUGCUCUCGCUCAUCAUUUGCACUUCCACCCUGGCUGCCGGAGUUAAUCUACCGGCCAAACGGGUGAUCAUACGAUCGCCAUACAUUGCCACCGAGUUCCUGACCCUAAGUCGGUACAAACAAAUGGUUGGUCGAGCUGGUCGGGCCGGAUUCGGCAAUGAAGGCGGCGAAAGCAUUCUGAUCUGUGCCCAAAAAGACAUCGCCUUGGUUUGCAACCUUCUUUGCUCUCCGAUGGACGAAGCGAACUCCUCACUUCAUGCGGAUAACUUCAUACAUCUUAAGAACCUAAUACUCAGUGCAAUCGGUUUAGGCAUCUGUUCCACUCGGAACGACGUCCUAAAGUUUGUCGCCAAAACCCUGCUGGCCAUCCAGACUGAGCGAUUGGGAGUAAACCUCCGGAGUGUCACGGAUGCCGCGAUCACCGCCUUGUACAAAGAAAAUGCCAUCAAGGCCAAAAGCGACGGUUGUUUGCGAAAUCCGGCGAACAUGACGGUACAGUUCGAUGCGACCGAUCAGACCCAGUACGAUUUUGAACCAGGAGGCAACGGUUUCCGUGAGCUGGAAGUUCGCCGAGGGCUGGAAGGUUCUUCGCAAGACGGUAAACUGGUGAAGAUUGUGAAGAAGAACUCCAGGUUGGAGGUCAAUCUACUGGGGAAGGCUUCCAUUCGGGCUGGAUUCCACAUGGAACGAGCAACGCGGGCUUACGAUGAAUUGAAACGAGUCGGCGAACGACUCUAUGUCAAUGAUGAACUGCACCUGCUGUGGGUCAUCGUAAUGGAGGACGGCGGUGAAAUUCGACCGAAGGAAGACGAUUUCAUUUCAUUCUUCAACAAGCUUUCGCCGGAAGAGACUAGGAUUGCAAAAAGAUUUUUCAUCAGUGACUACACGAUAUCGAUGAUCCUCAGCAGACGGUUAGAUAAGAUAGACAUGAACUUGUUGCGACGCUUCUUCCGAACUCUGAUCGUGUACAACCUUUGGAAUCUCAUCCCACCGCAGGAGGUGGCGGUCAGGUUCACCGUGGACGCAGGCUCGGUGCAGACCCUGAUGACCAAUGCGGCCGCGACGGCCUCCAGUCUACAGCGGUUCUGCGAACAGCUGCCGGAAUUUUGGGCAUUCGAUUCGCUGCUGAAACGUAUGGUGCAACGGCUGGCACAUUGCUGUACGGCCGAGCUGAUCCCUCUGAUGGAACUGCCGGCGGUGAAAAUUGGACGGGCACGGCAACUUUAUCGAGCCGGAUACACCUCUUUGUCUUCGAUAGCGAAAGCGAAAUCAAGUGAUCUGGUGUCUACGGUCCAGCACAUGAACUACCGGACGGCGAAUCAGUUGAUUUUAUCGGCGAAGGCCAAACUAAUGGAGGAAUUUGAGGAGCUCCGGGAUCGAAUGGAUGACUAUUUUCAUCUCACAUCCAUCAGUUAGGCGUUAAUCGGCAUUCGAAUCAUGCCAAACCUACUCGGUGCAAUACAGUUAUAGUUUUGUUUUCCUUAUUUUUCGUUCCUAGAAUUGUUAUAUUAUUUUGCCAUCCAGUUUUUUAUUACUACCAAAAUGCAAUUUAUUUACUUUUUCGUUAACUUUCAGUGGAGUACGCGUACGACGAUCGAAUCGAAAAAAAAAACGAUGAAAUUUUUAUACCAA